AGAACGUCAGAAAAAGCGGAUUUCCGGAGCUUGCGACGCGUUUGAAACGUCGCGGGUCCUCACAUUUCCUGUCCCCCUUCGUCUGACAGGCGAGAGGUUCCCUUCCCCCUCCGUUUCUGUGUCUCUCGUUAGGUAAAGUCUCGGAUACACUCGAUGUGUGUACGCGAGCUGCAACGAACAUCGUUCGAUUUGAAAUCUCGACCGUCUUUCCCCUUCUCCAUGCCGCCUCACAGAGUUCUCGGACGUCAACGUCCUUUCCAUCUUUCCUUUUCCUCACCAACGUCCUCUUGAUCUCGUCUUCAUCAACCUUUUCUCCUCGUCCUUUCUCCUCUCUGCUAGCGUCCUGUACAAGACAUUUUCCUGCGGAAGCGAAAGACUCUCUGACCGGCGCCGGCAUCUGCACCAAGACGCCCUAUAGAAACGGGAGUGUACCUACACAGAUAUACGCAUACAUACAUAUAUAUAUAUAUAUAUGUAUAUGUAUAUAUGAGUAGAUACAAGUAGAUUUCAGAUGUAUAAACUCCCUUCACAAGGCUUUUUAGCGGAUAGGAUCUGAAAGGACAACUCAGUUCCUCGUGACUGCGCCACAGGAUUUGCGUGCAAUUAAAAAAAAAACUUUUUUGUUCAAUUGUGGCGUCCUUCGCAAUACCUUUCUUCGGAGUAUCUGCUUCCCGCGUUACCUGCGUUCUGACGAAAAGACACCGGCGAGAAUCGCGAAAAAAAAAUUCUGUGAGAAAGGGUGCACUGUCGCCACUCUCUUGUUCGCUGUCUCCUCGUUCCGAAACAUUUCGAGUCCUUUUUCCUCGAGGCGUCUUCUUGGCGACCUUGUUCUCUCUCACCGUCCUCUCGCUCUCCUUUGCUCCGAUUCGUCGCGAGGCCGACGGACACAGCCCUUUCAACGCACCGUCAAGCGCAAAGGCCAGUUUGUUUUCUUUUCCCCGUCUUUUUCUCCGCUGUCUCCUCCGUCUCCUUGCGCAGUUGUCGCUCUCGAAUCGCCGCUUCUUCUCUUGCUUCGCGUUCUCCUCUUCUCCGCAAUGCCUCGAGGUACUGCUGGAGCUGCGUUUUCUGGAGGACCAAUGACUGAGAGCGAGGCGACUGCGGCGCCAGGCUGCAUGCGUGCGAUUCAGGGUCACUGGGUCACCGUGUACCCUGUCGCUUCUCCAAACAUCUGGGAGAUCAAAAGUGAAAUCGAAAAAGAAGUUGCUCCCUGCUGUGAUUAUGUCUACGACAGUUCUCUGAGAGAGUUGCACAUUUGCUUUCAAUCGGAGGCUCUGGCGAACUCUGCCGUCCUUCUAGGCGGCGGUGCCAUUGCGUUCAGUCCCCAGUUUUCUACUCGCUUCUGCUCAAACCCUGACAUUCUUCGACGUCGAGUGAUCACGGACUUCUCUGACGAUUGGCCGAUGCGCUGGGAGCAACGAUAUCUUCUGUUCAAGGUCCCGAAUCUUUUUCUCGAGUUGUGUGAGGGAUUCUGCGACGCCUUCUGUCGAUUUCUCUUUGGCGCCAGAUGUCAACGCUCUCGGCGGUCAUCCCGAAGAGAGGAACGCGGCGAAGAAAGAAAGUGAGUUUUCCUCUUUGGUGUUCGGUCGCCCAGCUACGACCGCGGCGACCAAGACGCAGCGGCCAGAGUCCUGGACUUCGGUGGAAGCACAACGCCGAGAGAGAGGAACGAGAACUCGCGCACACCGCCUGAAGGAGAGAAGCGAGACGAAGGCGAGGACAAGAGGAAAAAGAGACAAAGAGGACGAACGUUUGAGGCAGCGAAACGGAUGCCGAUCCAAGAUCCAAGCCGGAGAGCGAAUUCCAGAUGACACAGAGUAAACGAGAGAUGUUCCUCGACUCGAAGGAAAUGCAGACACGCACGGAGCGAGGGAGAAAGAGAGGCAGAGGGAAGCGAGAUGCACAUUCACAGAGUGAUGCAUAAAGUGAUGCAUGGAAGUAGAUUUACAGAGCAUGCAAAUAUGUCGAAACGGAGAGAAGCAAGCAAAGGCCUGCGGCGUCGAGCAUGGGAACUGUUGGGGCAAGGGAAGCUGAAAGUAUGAGAACAGCAAAUGCGCGCGAGGAAAACUGCGAGAAGAAUCAAAGUUUUUUUUUUAAGAGCGUCUCUUCACUGCCCCCACCGGGUGCUGGUAGGGACGCGAGAGCAGUCUGCAUGUCUCUGCGAAAUGAAGAUGCUGUGACAGUUUUGAGUCUUUUUCCUGUUCCGCCUCUGCUUUUUUGGCGGCAACUUAGACGGGAGAGGAACCGCAGAGAAGCCUGUGUUUUGAGUGGGGUCUUCGAAAAGAAAUCAAAAAAGUGUGUCUGUAAAUCCAAGUUCACCUACAAAGCAGAGAUGGAGAGGUUAGAAAAGUGGACAAAAAGCAGGCAGAUACAAUGACACUAACAGUUGCACACCUGCCUCUGUAUUCCCCAUAGUGAAGCUGUGGAUGCACAAACCUG